UCACCCCUGAGCACCGCUCUCAUCCCCGCAGCAAAUCGGUGCAGAGCAAGGUGGAUUCCAUCCUGCAGGACGUGCAGAAGUUCUCGGACAGUGACAAACUCUACCUGUACCUGCAGCUGCCCUCGGGACCCAGCCAGGGAGAGAAGAGGUGGGGAGGGGCGGUUCAGGCGUGCGGGUGGAUCCGCAACCACCUGGAGGAGCACACGGACACCUGCCUGCCCAAACAGGACGUGUACGACGCCUACAAGCGUUACUGCGACAACCUCGGGAGCCGCCCGCUGAGCACGGCCAACUUCGGGAAAAUCAUCCGGGAAAUCUUCCCCAACAUCAAAGCCCGGCGCCUGGGCGGCCGCGGACAGUCCAAGUACUGUUAUGGUGGGAUCCGGAGGAAGACCGUGGUCAGCCUUCCUCCCCUGCCCAGCCUGGACCUCAAAGCCACCGAGAGCUCGGAGCUGGCCGAGCUGCUGCCCUCGUACCCCAGCGAGGUGACGGAGGCCGCGUGUGCCCUGACGUGCGAUUGGGCCGAGAAGAUCCUCAAGCGCUCCUUCAACAACAUCGUGGAGGUGGCGCAGUUCCUGAUCCAGCAGCACCUGAUCAGCGCCCGCUCCGCCCGCGCCGACCUCGUCAUGGCCAUGGUGCUGGCAGGUGUGCGGGGACACGGGGACAGUGACACCAGGGGAUGGAUGGCCAAGAAGGACCCCGCUGUCCCCAAAGGCCCUUUGCCGGCGCGGCCGGACAAGAAGAAGCCCCCGGCGGAGAGCGGCCGGCAGUGUCCGGCCAGCAGCCCGCAGGUGACCGCUCUGGUGGCCCGGCUGCCGCUGCUGCUGCCCCGCCUGGCGCCCCCCGAGCGUCCCCCGGCCCCGGGCGCGGCCCCGCUGCGCUCGUCCCCUCCGCUGCUUGUCCCCAAACUGCCCGCGGGUGGCACGGUCAAGGUGGCGCUGCCGCUGCCCGUGGGCACCGCGCUGGCUCCGGCCGGCUCCGGCCACCCCGGGCUGCUGACCAGCCCCGCGGCCAUCCCGGUGCUCAACGUGCUGCUGCCCGGAGUGGGGGUGACCGCGGCCGAGAGCCCCCGCGACGGGGCCACCGCCGAGGGACAGGGACAGGGGGUGGCACAGGGACAGGGAGUGGCACAGGGACAAGGACAGGGACAGGGACAAGGACAGGGACAGCGUGCCAGGGCCACCAAGCGGCCGGCAGAGGGGACAGGGGACAGCGCCGCGCACAAGAGGAGGCGCGGGCGGCCCCGCAAGAGGCCGGGGGACACGGCCGGGUCACCCGAGCGUGCCGAUGUCCCCAAGGGGGUGACCGAGGGUGGCGGUGUCACCGUGCCCGCAGGGGACACGGGUGGUGCGGGAGGGGCUGCUGAGGCUGCGGGUGGGGACAGGGACACGGUGGCAGCUGGCGGUGGCACGGAUGGGGACGCGGUGGCAGCUGGGGACAGCACGGACAUGGACAGGGACAGGGACAUGGUGGCAGCUGGGGACAGCACGGACAUGGACGGGGACAGGGACACGGUGGCAGCUGGGGGUGGCAUGGACGAGGAUGGGGACGGGGGGGAUGGCAUGGACAUUGAUGAUGACAUGGAUGGUGGGGACAGCCCGGUCCCGGUGACAGUGCCACCGCAGCCUGGUGACAGUGACACUGCCACCAGUGGUGUCGAUCCGGUCAGUGGCAGUGCCACCAUCACUGGUGGGGACACCAUGGCUGGUGGCAGUGCCAUUGUCACUGAUGGCAAUAGUCCAGUCAAUGGCAGUGCCACCGUCACUGGUGGGGACACCAUGGCUGGUGGCAGUGCCACUGUCACUGUUGGUGACAGCCUGGGUGGGGGAAGUGGCACUGUCCCUGAUGGUGGUGGCAGUGCCACUGUCACUGUUGGGGACAGCCCAGCUGGGGGUGGUGCCACUGUCACUGUUGGGGACAUGCCAGCUGGGGAAAGUGGCACUGUCCCUGCUGGGGACAACCCACCUGGUGGCAGUGCCACUGUCCCCGCUACGGACAGCCUGGUCAGUGUCAGUGCCACCGUCCCAGUCAGCGCCAGUGUCACCGUCCCUGUUGGGGACAGUCUGUGCCACCGUCCCCCCUAA